AUUAUUUUUAUAUGUGACUAUAUAGUGGCUAUGAUAGUGAAUUAAAUAGUAAAUCACACUUUGUAGUAAAUAGUAAAUAGUAGGUACAUAAUAUCUAUUAUCUAUAAACCUUGGGUUUAGGUAGCCGUUAGGUUUUCUCUGUUCUCAUGAUAUUAGUGUACAAUAAACGGUUGUAUCUUUAAGUUGAUGCUAGAUGAUUUUCAAUUUUUUUUUUUACCAAUUGAAUCAUUCUUGUAAAUUUAAUAAUUCAUAUUAUAUCUCAUAAUGCCACAAACAUCUAAAAAGAAAAUGGAAUUAUAUGCAUCUAUACUAAAGAAGGAUAUGAAUAUUGAAGCUAGCUCUAGUCCAACUACGAAUUUAAUGGUAUGCAAUUGUGGAUUGGUGAAUGGUCUAAGUAGAAAGGAUUUAUUGCAAGUUUUCUAUCAAUAUGGUCAAAUAGAGCAUAUAAUAAUGAUACCUUAUAAAUCAUAUUGUUUUAUUUCUUUCACUGAAAUAGAGGAAGCAAUAAGUGCAUGGAACAAAGUGAAUGGAAAAUUCAAUGGUCUUUCUGAUGAACAUAAAAUGUUUUAUUUAAUUUAUACUGUUUCAAUUCCACAAUCAUUAGAAUUGCCAAUUACAUUCCCCCCGGGAUUAGAAAUUAUUGACAAUUUCGUUACAGAAGAAGAAGAAAAUUUUCUGUUAGAAUAUUUGAACGAACAUUGGUCCGGGUCAAGUUCAAUGAAGCAUCGUCAAGUGAAACAUUAUGGAUUUGAAUUUAAUUAUGAUUUCAACGAUGUUCGAUAUGAUACAUGUGAUCCAAUUCCUAAAGAAUUUGAAUUUAUCUUAAAUGCUAUUUAUUUGCGUUUAAAUUGGCGCCCUAAUCAAAUAACUAUAAACAAAUAUUUACCGGGACAAGGAAUUCCAAAUCACAUUGAUAACAUUACAGUGUUUGAUGAAUAUAUUUUGUCUCUAUCAUUGAAUUCUGAUAUUAUUAUGGAAUUCAGAAAAGACUUACUCAAGCAGAAUGGAAUUUUUAUAAAAGCAAAAUCUCUUUUAAUUAUGUCUGGCGAAUCAAGGUAUGAAUGGACUCAUGGCAUAACACCCAGAAAAAUUGAUAUGAUUAAUACAGUAGAUGGUCCUGAUGUUGUUUAUCGUGGAACUAGGUUUUCUAUAACGUUUAGAAGAGCGAUACAAAUUAUUGAAAAUAUUCAGGUUACAAAAGAUUUGUAUGAAAUAUUAGGUUGUGAUAAAACCACACCUUUUGAGACAUUAAAGGAUAAUUAUAAAAAAAGACUUUUUAAGGUUCAUCCUGAUAAAAGUAUUUUGUCAUCAUCAUCAGCUGCUUGUGCUGAAUUGAAUAAAGCAUGGAGUAUUCUGAAAGAUCCCGAUUUAAAAAAAAAAUAUGAUGAGCAAAUUGAACAAAGUGAUAUUAAUACAGAAGUAACAAUCUAUGAUUAUCUAAAUAUUAGUGAUUUAGAAAAUAACGAAAUAGAAGAUACAUUUUCCUACAGAUGCCGUUGUGGAGGCCAGUUUUUAGUGCCUAAGUCAAUGGUUAUUACUGUUGAUCAGACAGAACCUUUAUUAUUUCCAUGUGAUGAUUGUUCUUUAUUUAUUGAAGUCAUGUUACCAAACACUAAUGUUUCUAAAUAAAAAAGUAUUAACAAUGAAUUAAUAAACUGGAAUAAAAUAUGUGUGUAUAUUUUUGUAUAAUAUGUAUAAAAAAUAUUAAUUUACUUGUUUUUUUAAAAAAAUAUAAGUAUUUAAAACAACUCAA